AUGAAUUCCCUACCAAAAAUUCAGUAUGUCUUGGUGACUGGUGCCACUGGGUUCAUAGGCGCACACGUUGUCGACGAACUGCUGUCGCGUGGUCUCAAAGUACGCGGCACUACUCGAUCUAUAUCUAAAGGGAAGGCCAUGAUUGAGGCAAGGCCCCAGUUUCAAGAAGAGCUUGAUUUCUUCCAGAGCCACGACUUUGAGAAGCCAGGAGGAUUCGUCGAUGCCAUUCAAGAUAUUGAUGCUGUCAUUCACAUCGCGAGCCCUUUCACAUAUGACACAGUCAGCAACGAAAAAGAAUUGAUUAUACCGGCGAUCAAUGGCGUAGAGUCCAUCCUUGAGGCGGCGGCUAGCUCGUCCAAGGUAAGACGCGUCGUUAUAACAUCCUCCUUUGCAUCUGUCCUCGAUGUUGGGCGAAAGGCACCACCAUACUUUACUUAUACUGGCGACGAUUGGAACCCUCAGUCCUAUCAAGAUUCAAUAGACCCCGAAACCAGCGCGGUGAUCGCAUACCGCGGAUCUAAAAAGUUUGCAGAACUCAAGGCUUGGGAGUUCGUUGCUAAACAAAAGCCGUCUUUCGAUCUGGUUACGCUCUGCCCACCCAUGACAUUCGGCCCAAUAAAGCAUCCCGUUGCAAAUGUCGAUGCACUGAACGAGUCUAACAAGAUGCUCUGGAAAAUAGCCAGUGGCGAAAGUCCACUCCCGGUUGCUCGCGUGCCCUUUUGGAUUGAUGUUCGCGACCUUGCAAAAGCUCACGUCGAGGCACUUUUCCGGCCUGAAACUGGCGGCAAGCGAUACAUUCCGGCGUCACCAGAGAGAUUCACAUACGGAAAAGCCUCUAAUAUCAUUAGAAACCAUUUUGACUGGGCAGCAGACAAGGUAUCGAGAGAGGUACAAGCUGCUGAUGAAUCUCACGGUGUGGACGGGGAAACAGCAGGGAAGGAUCUUGGUCUGGAGUACAAGCCUUUUUCGCAGACUGUUGUAGACUUGAUUACACAGGCGAAAACAAUGUCUUCGUCCUGA